GAAUCAGGUGAUGUCAGAAAAAUGCACUAUGUUCCAGUGCUCGGCGUGUAACAGGUGAAUACACUCACAAGUGAGGUGCUGAUGGAUAAUCCAGCAUUCACAGACACUGCUGUGUUCCCCGCUUCCCCACCCCCGUCAUACCUGGAGGCAAGUGCAUACCCUCCCAGCUCAGCACAGUUGCCCAGCACACCUCCACCUGCCUACUCUGCUGGAGCCUAUCCACCAAGCUACAAUGAAAUAGAUACUGCUCAAAGACAAGCCUAUCACCAUGGUAACCCUGCAAACCCAUUCCCAGUCCUGUCCAUUCCAGGAAAUGUGGUGAUUCAUCAAGAAGUGAUGGUUGCCACCCAAACAAUGAGCCAGCCAGUAGUGGUGGUUCAGGUUCAGCCUGCACCACUGGCCGACAGUCCCACGGUGACCUUGUGUCCACACUGCCAUCACCAGGUCACCACCAACACCACCCACAAAGCCGGCAUGGCCGCAUGGUCCACCUGUUUGCUACUCACACUGCUGGGGUUGAUCUGUGGAUUUUGCUUAAUCCCGUUCAUGAUAGAUGGAUGCAAAGAUGUCCACCACUCCUGCCCCCAUUGCAAUCGUCACAUUGGCAUCUUCGUACGCAAAUAGCACACACACACACACACACACACACUUUGUGGAUUACAAAGAACAGUGUCUCACAACGACACACAGAAGGACCUCAUAAGCAUACAGAACUUUUACAUACACAAACAGGAAAUCAGACACUCAUCAUCAUCAUCAUCAUCUUCAUCGCCACCAUCAUCAUCAUCAUCAUUGUUGUCACUGCCAACAUAUUAGUCAUCACCAUUGUUAGUAAACUCUCAGUGAAUUGUGUGGUAGGAGCAGGCUUCACUCAGUCUCUUUUGUGUCUUUUCAGAGUGCUUGGCCAAAUUUAUAUGUUAAUUCAGAAAAAAGAAAAAAGGCCGCACUUCUGCAUACGUAACCGUGUUUUAUUGCAAAAACGCAUUUUGGUUUGGCGCCUUCCUCAGUGUGCGCCUCUCAAAAAGUGCCAAAGCAACUGUAGGCUACUCCAAAUAAACACAUUACCCAAAAAACAAAUACUGAUCGUUGAUCUUCAGGCUGCUCUGAAGGUCAGUCUCAGUAUCUGUCACCGUGUCCCUGUAUUUGCACUGUUUAUUUUGUACAGCAUCUUUAUUCUUAUUUCUCAAGCGAGUUUACAGCAUCCGGCUACAUGUGUCUUACAUGAAGUUGACAACCAUUAUGACUGAUCUGAUACAGCAGGUGUUGCCCUGCCCCGUUGACUCUUAUAAUUGCAUUUUGCCCUAUCCCACACAUAUUUAUUUGCAAAUGUACAUAUUGUAUUUAUUCCUAGGCUACAUAGCCUUAUUCUACUGCCCACAUUCUAUUCUUACUGUUUUUUUUAUGUUUUAUUUGUUUGAGUGUUGUACUUUAAGAGCAAAGAUUAAUUGGAGUCAAAUUACUUGUUUGUUUUGUAUGCAAACCUGGCCAAUAAAGCUGAUUAUUC